AUGGUUGUUUGGCAGCUGAUCAAGAAUUACGUCCUCUGCCACUUAAGGCACAAAGGAAAUGAGAAGUCCGAUAUAUCAUCCAUACAAUUAAAGGGAGGAGCCGUUAACUUGAUUGACUUGGAUUCAGAUCUUCAUCAACCUGAACACAGCAACUCAUUUCCGGAACCUUGGAUUCAAGCAGUGGGAAACUCUUUGAUUAACUCAAUUGACUUGGAUUCAGAUCUUCAUCAACCUGAACAUGAGUACUCAUUUCUGGAACCUUGGAUUCAGGCAGUGGGAAACUCACCGAUUAGCUUGGUCAACUCGGAUUCAGACCUUCAUCAAUCUGAACACGAGAACUCUAUUGAGGAUCCUUGGAUUCAGGCAGUGGGAAACUCACCGAUUGGCUUGGUCAACUUGAAUUCAGACCUUCAUCAACCUGAACACGAUAACUCUAUUGAGGAUUCUUGGAUUCAGGCAGAGGGAAACUCACUGAUUAGCUCGGUUGACUUGCAAUCAGAACUUCAUCAAUCUGAACAUGAGAACUCAUUUUCAGAACCUUCAAUUCAGGCGGGGGUAAACUCAGCAAGAAAGCACUCAUUUCAGCAGGACUACCGAGUUCACGCCAUUUCAUUAAUCUUCCCACAGACUACUUUCCAAUCAGAAAAAGUCAAAUUCCAACCCUACUUCAACGAGCUUACACAUAUCAGAAGUCCACCUUUUGCAGACUUCUCGGUGGACAAUGGAGUUGCUAUUACUGACGAAUCCAACCAGCUGCAAUUUGACUACUUUGACAGUGAUCAAAUGCAAACACAGUAUGGCCCACUGUGUAGCGAUGAAGUACUUGCUGUUCUAAUGAAGGGUCGGCGAACACAAACAAUCAAAUCACUCCAUGGUGUAAUUCCACUAGAUGAAAAGAAAGGCUUCAUUGAGAAUAAGUUCAAUGGGUUACUUAUCUCCUCCCCACAACAUAUGGAGCCUCCAACAAAGCCUGAUAUUGCAAGAACUUACAGCACUGAUGAAGAAUCGAGGGUUGAAAAAGUUGAGAAGCUGGAACUCGUAGCCAGAAUUAUCAAACCAGAAUGUGUAACUCUGGAUGAAUUAGAAGCCAAAGCAAAGAUAGAAAAAAGAAGAGAGCACAGCGCUGCAUCAAAAUUAUCCCAGAACAAUCACAACAGAGGAAUUGAACAAGCCAUAGAGAAAUCAAAUUCAAUGCCUUAUUUGAGUGGAACAAUCACCAACUGCAUAAAGAUUUCCCUGGUUCCAACACUGGUAAGUCGGGUGGUGGAUCGACCGGCGUAGGGUCUUGAUCUGAUUGAUGGGUGAGGAAGGGACCAUGGAGAGUUCCCGUAGAGGUUUAGAGAGACACAGAACAGCAGGUUGAAGAUGAUGAACACAUUGAACAGUAAAAAAGGAAAGUAAAGUAAGGUUGA